GAAUCCAGAGAGAGACCCAAGUUUUGAAAUCUAAAUUCUAUCUCUCUUUCUCUCUCGCUCAUCUCCAUCUCCAUCUUCUCUCUCGCUCAUCUCCAUCUUCAUCAGUGGAGACCAUCAGGACUCUCCAGCGCAGAAGAUUAUAGCGGGUGCAUUUCACCGAAAGCAUGUACGAAGUGACGGUUGCAAGAAAAAUCGACGUCGUGGAAAAGUGGAUUGGAGCAAUGGAGUGUGUUCAUGCUAAGAAACUCAUACGGAAUAAGCUUCUGGUUGGAAUCACCGUGCAGUGGAAGAUUGUUGCUUUUGCAAAUCUUCUCGAGAUCUGCGUCUGGAGCAAGGUCCUCAUCAUCGUGCUCUGAUUCAUUACGAGCCUCCCGACGUCGCUAGAUAGUUUUCUCAACCGCGAUAGAGGAGCCGUCAGUUAUAGUUAGUUAUCUUUUUUCUUGAAUUAUUUUUGUAAAUCGAGAUUGCAAAAUUGAUAUCACUUUAUUUAGAUUGUCCAAACUCGUAUCUUUUUAUAUGUCGCUGUAAUUUUUUUGCAAAUAACAGAUAUUUAAAAUGUUAUAAAUUAAUUUACAGUGU